UCACUCUCAUGUAUCUCGAUUGCGGUUACGUUCUGCGCUAAUUUUUUUUUUUUUUCCUUUACAGUACUAUAAGUAACGAUCGUGAUCCAACGUUCUCCUUCGAUUUUUCUCCCUUUUUUUUUUUCUUACUGUACUUUUUAACAAAAAAAUAUAUAUACAUAUUAUCAACGUAUAUCUAUCAACGAAUAUUGUGUGAAACGAAUCCCGCAUCUCUCAGAUAGGACGUAUACAAGGACAUAUAAUUCAAACAGAAAUUGCACGCAUCUCCCAAGGUUACAAUUAAGAGGGCAUUAGCAAUUAAAUUCGAGACAUCGCGAAGAUACCUGCGUUGUUAACAAUGAGCGACGAUUCCGAUCUUUGCAAAUGUAUAUGGCCUAACGACUUGCUCAUGCAACGUCUACUUUCUAUCUUACGACUAACACAAAAUUACUGUACAGACAAUGAAUGUUUUAGCUUCUCAAGGUUGCCAGGACCGCCUCCUGUACAGCCAUCUUCUAAUUUUUUCAUGACAUGUUUAUUCUUUGCAUUUAUUGUUUUAAUGUAUAUUAUCAGACCAAGAUCUCUUCGACAUGCAUCAUUGCGGAGCAAUGUUGCUAAAAAUCGAAACGAUAUAUCCGGUUCAAGCGAUGAUCCUCCAACACCACCACCUACAGGAAAUUAAAAAAUACAGAAAGAGUAGAUGUCUAGAGAAAUUUUGUUCUACUCUCAUAGUUGGAUUAAUCAAGUCUGGAAAGUAACAAUAUUGGAAGAGUAAUUAUGAAUCAAAAGAUUCAUGAUCUGAAAUCUUUUUUCUCAUUUUCUUUUGUUUUUGUCUCCCCCUCCCCCUUUUUUUUUAUUAUGCAAAUGUUAUAAAAAUUUAUAUUCAGUAUUAAUUAUCAAACGAUAUAAUAUUAUAUUUUAUAUGGGAACGCAGUUUUAAUAAAACUAUAUUUUAUAUUCUAUUCUAUUCUAUUCUAUUCUAUUCUAUUCUAUUCUUUCCAUUUCUUCCUAUUAACAGCUCGUUCACAGCGAAUCGCUAAUUUAUUCUAAUUAAUUAUUUUACUAUCUUCUAUAGUGACGCAUAUGUUAUACGUGUAUGUUAUGACGCAUAUGGUGUAUUACAAUGUGUAUAGUAAUUAUGUAAAAUAUUAGCACUAAUUAUGAUAAAAUAAGGCAUCUCAAAGUUUAAUAUUUUAUAACACAAUUGUAUAACAAUGGGUAUGGCGUAUUUAUAAUUAGUAUAAGGGAAUUAUUUUGUCAUAAAAAUUUAUUAUGCAAAUUAUUCUUUCCAUUCCAAUUGUAUGAUAGUUGUAAAAAUGUACGAUGACUGAACAUAUUUUAAUAAAUACUUUUUUUCUUCCGUAA